AUGAAUGCGUCAUGCUUGGGAGCGUUCUGCACUACACGGCUGCGGAAAUUACGUGUGUUGCAACGUUAUGACGAAGUGAAAACGUUGCAAAAUGUGCUUCGGCAGAGUCAGGUUAUGCAAAUCAGUGGAGCGCCUCUGGUUUCACUACAACUUAGCGGCAUGGCCCUGAAGCCGAAUAUGUUCGCUAAAUUGUGCGAUGCUUUGAAACAAACGCUCACUGAGUUAUUUCUUGCUGGAGCACUCUGUAAUCCACCGGAUUUCGACCACUACAUCACCGCUAUCGGCACGUUUUUAAAUUUGACCUUUUUUUAA